AUGAGCUCCAGGCGCCCACGGCUUCACGACACCCUGCUACUCCUUGCAUGCUACUGCUCCACCAACAUUGCUGCCAAUGGCACCAAUGGAACCACAGUCCAGUGCCUCCCUAAUCAGGCUUCAUCUCUACUCCAGCUGAAGCACUCCUUCCACAACCCCAACCUUUCAUCAUGGCAACAUGGCUCAGACUGUUGCCACUGGGAGGGCAUCGGGUGUGAUAGGGCCAGGUCAGGUGAUCACUUUGGACCUCAGUAAUCGUAACCUGCGGAGCACCAGUGGUCUCAGCCUAGCACUAUUCAACCUCACCUCUCUCACAAAUCUCAGCCUCUCUGGUAAUGACUUUGGCCUGACCAGUCUUCCUAGUUUUGGGUUUGAGCGGCUGACCGAGCUCCUCAGUCUCAAUUUUUCUAAUACGAGGUUGUUUGGUCAGAUACCCAUUGGAAUUGGUCACCUCCAAAAAUUUUGCGUACACUUGAUCUUUACUCUCAUAUUGACUGGCCUGGUUAUGCACACAAUGAUCUAUAUCUCCGAGAUCCAAGUUUUCAGACAUUCGUAUCAAAUUUUUGCAAUCUAAGAAAUCUCUAUCUUGAUAAUGUGCAAAUCGUAAACGGUGGAUCAACUUGGUCCAUUGCUUUAGCAGACUCUGUUCCUCUACUACAGAAUCUUGGUUCAUUGCUUUAGCAUUGGAUGGUUCUAUUCAUCCUUCAAUUUUCCCAACUCCGGUUUCUAGCAACGAUGGACCUUGGGCUAAAUGGAAUUUCUGGCAAGGUUCCUGGGUUCUUUGCAGAAUUCCCUUUCUUAAGAGACCUUACCCUCCGGGCUAAUGAUUUUGAAGGGCAAUUUCCCACAAAUAUCUUCCUGCUAAAAUAUCUGAAACAUCUUGACCUGUCCUAUAACCCCAGCCUUUAUGUGCAACUACCAGAUUUCCCACCAAGAAAUGGUUUGCAAUCACUAAAUCUACUGGAGACAAACAUUUUUGGUGGCAUACCAGAUUCUUUUGUCCAUCUCAACUCCUUGAAAUUCUUGGGCCUUAGCAACAUAGGAUCUCACAAGCAGCCCAUUACCUCCAUAGCUAACCUUACGUCCCUAAAUGGAUUGUGGCUCUCUGGAUCAGGAAUAGAGAAGCCAAUGCUCUCUUGGGUUGGAAGAUUUGAGAAUCUGAUUUACUUGUCGCUGCAUGACUAUAAUUUCUCUGGUCCAAUUCCUUGGUGGAUCAGAAAUUGUACAAACUUGAUGAGCUUAUGGCUCAGACAGUGCAGUUUAUCUGGGGCAAUACCCACGUGGAUUGGGAACUUGGCCAAGCUUUCAGAUUUGAACUUAUCAUACAAUCGGUUGAGUGGAAAUGUCCCAAAGGCUUUGUUCACUCUUCCGUCGUUGCAAGAACUACUACUAUCAUCAAAUGAACUUUGUGGAAGUUUAGAAGACAUUCCAAACCCAAUAUCUUCCUUACUGUACUCCAUCGAGCUAAGAGAUAACAACUUUGCAGGUCAUAUACCCAAAUCUUUCUUCGAUCUUACAAGACUUCAAGUUCUCUUGCUGGACUCGAAUUACUUUGAAGGCACAGUAGAACUUGGCAUUAUUUGGAAGCUGAAUGCACUAGAUUUUUUGAUGCUCUCCGAUAAUAUUCUAUCAGUCAUAGAUGUUGAAGAUGGUUAUCCAUUGCCUUACCUCCCUCACAUCAGAUAUCUAGGAUUAGCAUAUUGCAACCUUACAAUAAUUCCAGGCACAUUGAGGUAUACAAAUCAGUUGUCUUACUUGGACCUUUCAAAUAACAAAAUACAUGGAGUCAUACCAAGCUGGAUAUGGGUGAACUGGAAGGAAAGUAUGUUCGAACUAAAUCUCUCAAACAACAUGUUCACUAGCUUGGAAAACUCUCCAUCUCUUGUUCAAAUGGACAAUUUAAAAAUGCUUGAUCUUAGUUCCAACAAGCUGCAUGGCACCGUACCUAUACCAGUUACAACUACGUCGUCUAGUGCUUUGUUAGAUUGGUCAGACAACAGCUUCUCUUCUAUUAUACCUGACUUUGGUAGGUACCUUCCCAACAAUACCAUCCAUCUUGAUUUGUCUAGGAAUAAAUUAUAUGGUAACAUUCCAGGGUCUAUUUGUACCCAAAAGCAACUUAAGAUCCUGGACUUAUCAUACAACAACUUUAGCGGCAUGAUGCCAGCGUGUCUAAUAGAAGGUAGCAGUUUAGGUAUGUUGAAAUUGAGAGAUAAUCAUUUGCAUGGGAUACUACCUGAAAAUAUUGGAGAUGGAUGUAUGCUUCAGACAAUUGAUUUGAACAACAACCAAAUUGAAGGGAAGAUACCAAGAUCAUUAUGUAACUGCAGAAACUUAGAGGUCCUUGACAUUGGUAGCAAUCAAAUUCUUGAUACUUUUCCAUCUUGGUUGGGUGAGAUGUCUAAUCUACGAAUUCUCUUCUUGAGAUCAAAUCAAUUAUAUGGUUCAAUAGGAGGCCUUGCUGAAAGUGAUGCGAGUAGUAAGGACUUCUCGGCUUUGCAGAUUAUUGAUUUGGCCUCAAAUAACUUUUCUGGGAGCUUGAGUUCAAAAUGGUUUGACAUGCUACAAAGAAUGACAGAAAACUCUAGUGACAAGGGUAACGCUCUGGCCUUUGAUUCAAGAUUUCCUGGGGAGUACUACCAAGAGAGACUCACAUUCAAAGGGAUUGAUCUUACAUUUACCAAGAUCCUGACCACUUUCAAGAUGCUUGAUUUCUCAAACAACGCAUUUGAUGGUCCCAUCCCAGACUCAGUUGGGAAUCUUAUUGCUCUACAUGGCCUAAACAUGUCACAUAAUGCCUUCACUGUGUUAGAAGGGAUAGAGGGGGAUUGGUGGAAUUGUUUUAUGUAUUGCUUGAGCCUCAUGGGCAUAUAUAUAGGAGUACAUGAUCUACUCGGAGUACAAGGCAAGCCAGGAUAUUUCCUAGUCUAACCUAUGUUUCCUAAUACAAUCACGUUACUCAACAUCCCCCCGCAGUCACAACGGUAGCGACGCAGACGGUGAGACUGGAGAAGAAUGCGAAGGCAA